UUUUGUUCUUUUUUUGAAUGUACGGGUGUGUUGAUUCUUGAACGAAAUUCCAAACUUAUUAAGUUUUUCAAAAAGAAUCGAUUACUACAUCAAUAACAGAAACUAGAGAACCAGAGAUGAACGCACCAGAUAGAUUUGAACUAUUCAUAUUACCGGACGGGGUAGAUAAAAUUAAGAUAACACCGGAUACAAAAGUGCCCAAUGCAGCAUUAAUCAGAAUAGAAAGAGAAGAUCAUACCUUGGCUAAUCUAUUAAGAGCACAAUUGUUAAAGGAUGAAAGGGUGAUUUUCGCUGCUUAUAAAGUAGAGCAUCCAUUAUUUGCUAAUUUUAUUUUGAGAAUACAAACUGAAGAUGAUUAUAGUCCAAAAGAUGCAUUGAAGAAUGCAUGUUCUGGAUUAAUUAGUGAAUUAGAUGUUAUUAAAACUAAAUUCAAAGAUGAAUGGGCUCUUAAGUCAUUAUUAAAUAAUAAUGAUGAAGAUAUGUAA